AGUAGGCGACGAUGAGAUAAUUUUGAUGUGAGCUUGGUACAGUUAAGCAUUUGAUAAUGCGGAUCGACGUCGUAUAGAAGAAACGUUUUCUGAAGUGAUUUCGCUUUUUAAUUGUUAAUUUUAUCCUUUGCUUUAACUUGCGGUUAGAAGAGCAGUAUAUUUAAAGUAGUAACUUUUUACGCGCAUCCUCGUCCCUUGUUCUCCAGACAGACUCGACUUCCUCACUGAGCAGAAAUGUAUCGCUUGCAGUCGCUGGCAGCCCGAUCACUGAUCGCCGGAGCUCUCGAUCAGUGUACCCCCUUAAAAGUGACUUCUCUUACCGGAGUGCGACACAAAUCUCAAGGUCCGUCCGUGGAGAAGCGCGGCCAGAUGCGCUUCAUCACCGCCGAGGCGAAGGCGUCUGCUGGGCGCCUCGACGGGAAGAUGCGGGAGAAGACCCUGACUAUGGACACUCUGAACCCGCAGGUGAAGGCUGUGGAGUACGCCGUGAGAGGACCCAUCGUCAUCAAAGCCGGAGAGAUCGAGAGAUACCUGCAGGAGGGUGGUACGAAACCGUUCUCUGAAGUCAUCAAAGCCAACAUCGGUGAUGCACAUGCCAUGGGACAACAGCCAAUCACCUUCCUCAGACAGGUGGUGGCUCUCUGUACAUUCCCUGAACUGAUGGACAGCCCCAGUUUCCCAGAGGAUGCGAAAUGGAGAGCACGGCGUAUCCUGCAGGGCUGCGGAGGACAAAGUCUCGGGUCAUAUAGUGCAAGCCCAGGCGUGGAGUGCAUCCGCAAAGAUAUCGCUGCGUACAUAGAGCAAAGAGAUGGAGUUCCUUCAGACUGGGAAAACAUUUACCUCACCACUGGGGCUAGUGAUGGCAUUAUGACUAUUCUACGGCUACUGGUGUCUGGCAAAGAUUCUUCUCGGACCGGUGUAAUGAUCCCCAUUCCUCAAUACCCGCUUUACUCCGCUGCACUCUCAGAGAUGGAUGCGGUUCAGGUCAACUACUACUUAGACGAGGACAACUGCUGGGCCCUGGACAUCAAUGAACUUCACAGAGCUUAUCAGGCUGCCAAGCAGCACUGUCGGCCAAGAGUCAUUUGCAUCAUUAACCCUGGCAACCCUACUGGUCAGGUCCAGAGUAAAAAAUGCAUUGAAGAAGUGUUGCACUUUGCAUAUGAAGAGAAUCUCUUUGUUCUGUCUGAUGAGGUGUAUCAGGAAAACGUGUACGCUCCUGACUGUCAGUUUCACUCCUUCAAGAAGGUGCUAUAUGACAUGGGUCCCGAGUACUACAACAAUGUGGAGCUUGUGUCCUUCCAUUCCUCUUCCAAAGGCUACACGGGAGAGUGUGGCUUCAGAGGAGGAUAUAUGGAGGUCAUCAACAUGGAUCCCGAGGUCAAGGCCCAGCUGGUCAAGCUUUUAUCAGUUCGUCUGUGUCCCCCCUUGGCUGGCCAGGCUGCAAUGGAUGUGAUUGUCAACCCUCCUCAACCAGAAGAGCACACGUUCACACAGUUCCACCAGGAGAAAUCCUCAGUGCUGGGUGCUUUGGCAGAAAAAGCUAAACUAACUGAGCAGAUCCUGAAUUCAGUUCCAGGAAUCAAGUGUAAUCCUGUCCAGGGGGCCAUGUACGCCUUCCCUCGAAUCUUUAUCCCUCCCAAGGCAGUGGAGGAAGCCAAGGCUCUAGGGAUGCAGCCGGACAUGUUUUACUGCCUGAGGUUGCUGGAGGAGACCGGAAUAUGCGUUGUUCCCGGAAGUGGAUUUGGGCAGAAAGAUGGAACGUAUCACUUCAGAAUGACAAUCCUGCCAUCCGUAGAAAAGCUGAAGGUACUUCUUGGCAAAGUGCGAGAUUUCCACAUCACUUUCCUGAAAGAGUACUCCGGUCUGGAGUGAGAUGAAAUCUGACCUGAUUUGCAAAACAUAAGCAUGAGUCCAGCGCUACUUAACACUACCUUUACAGUUUAAAUAAGUAGUUGGUGUGUUAAGUAUUUUUUCAUUCUAAUUUUAGAUGUUGAUUUAAAGAAAAUGGUUUCUGGAAGAGUUUUACGGAAAUAUUGGCGAUUUAGUCCGAUAUAUAACACUACUCUUCAAUAUUUCAGUUAUUUUUCACAGUUCAGUAAAUAAAAUUGGACACGUUAUUUUUGUCUUUAAAUAAUCAUAUCUGCAGUAGGGUGUGUGGUAAAUAGACACCCUCUAUCAUGAGACAUGAGAUUCAGUUACAGAUGUUGUUUAUUAACAACUCUUCAAACCAGGAACUACAUUUUGAAGACUGAUGCAUAACUUACUUGAAAAUAACUAGCUUGAAACUCCUUUGUAGCGCCUUAUGAACUAUUCAAAACCAUUUUAGCUGAUGCAUAUAUAUAUAUAUAUGUGUAUGUAUGGAUGUUUUUUUUUUUUACCUUGGUGGCAAGGUGGGGGUGAGUGUGGAUGGUGUUGUGAUGAACACUUGUUAUGGUUCUAGAAUGUUUACAAGAAGGGACUCUUAAUGUUUAUCUUGUCCUCAUUCUUAGUUGCACUCAUUGCCAAGCAAUGUACAUAAACAUCUUUUAUCUUAAGCUUAGCCACAUUCUUCCACAGAAGCUUAUCUUGUGACUAAUGCGAUGAUUUAUGUGUCUCCUAAUUCUGUGUGUCCAAAGCCAUUUGAAAAUGUGGAAUGAAGGAAGCAUGCGUGGAGAAAUUACGGGCUUGUAAAUGUUUACUGAUGUAUUUUAUUUCCUCUGGUUUUAUGUUGCGAGUUAUUUUCAACUGUUAAACAUAAUGCUGUUUGAAUCAGUUCUGGGGCCUGUACCAUGAAGCUAGCUGAACAAACUCUGGGUUACAGGAUUGGUUUCAAGUUCAGAAAACCAAACCGAUCCAAUCAGGCUUUACUGAAACCAUGGUGCUGCUGUCAGCUCAGACCUUCAUCCUGAAUUCAUUCAUAACUAUGUAAACGUGGACAUGAAAUGACCUCUGAAGAACAGCCAGUUGUAUGCUGUGAACCUGAGAUUCACUUUAAGCAGGAAUCCGUGUGAUUUACAUCUCUCUUCUGCCUAAGAUUGGGAGAAAAUUAGGAAAAAAUAUUAAGACUUUAAAGUCUUAGUCAAUAAAAUACAUAAUUCCACUGUGACUGAAACAAAAGCUUAAACUUAAAGCCUUAUGUAAUUACAUAAAAGGCAUAAAAUUUAUAUUGCAUAUCAUCUGUAUAUAUUUAAUUCAUAAACUUGUUAUAAAUACAAAUGUGUAAUAGAGUGAGGGUAUAAUUAUGUACUCAAUAUGUAAAUCAUAAAAUUAUUUUAAAUAAUCAUAACUGAUUGACUGUUGUGCCAAAGAUAUCACUUUGCUAACAGCUGAUUGGUCCAAUUUCGAUUUGAGGUCUCGAAACAAAACCUGGCAUAGAGCAGGCGAGCCAUGUAUCGCAAGUUAUUGUGGUGCUGGACACUUGUAAAAAUCAGCCCACCUUUAUGGUACAUAAAACCCAGGGAUGACGCAAAACAAAUGGAAGCUAGCCAGCAAAACCGGUUUCAUGGUGCAACCCCGUUCUUUUCAGACAGGCUGUUGGAUUUACCAAUUAAAUAUUAGCCAUUAAAAGAUUUUAGUGCCAAUGUUGACUCCAUUGUAACCCUCCCCUUCUGACGUCUCAACUUUCAUAUCAAAGCCAUUAACAGUGAAUGAGAAGUUAAUGCCUUCUUGCAUCCUUUGAACUGAUCACUUUAUAUGAGGUGCCUUUAUUCAAACCUGUGAACUUUUAGUCAAAUGAGUUUUCCCUACAUGCAUUACUAGCUUGUAAUAUAGAUUUUUUUAAAAAGCUUAAUUGUUUCUUAUGCAUUUUUUCUUUACAGGCUUUUGGAAAUUGGCCCAUUGUAUAUAGAAUUUUGAAACGAAUAUUAAACUUAUGAACACUGUUAAAGUGCA